AUGACGGAGUCAAAGCGCGGUUCUGUUAUAAACGAAUCGGCGAUUUAUACAACAUUAUUUUCAAAUGGAUCAUCAAUUUCUAAAUCAAAUGGCAAAAGUCUGUGGAAUAUCAUUGUAAAUGAAUAUGAAACAAGACGUAAAGAAUGCGAAGAAUAUUUAAAAAGUAAAUCUAAAAUACCUCCAUUACCGGAUGAAAUCGUCAAAAAUACUACAUGGGGAAAUAUGGAUAACGAGGUCUUUCCAAUACUGAUUCCAGCUUUGAAUUCAAUGAUGUUCAAAGCCAAAAAGUACAAUGCUGUACGGUACAAUAAAAAGACUCGCUUCAAUGGUUUAGAUCAUUUAGCCGAACUUUUAUGGAAUUUCAAUCCGAAACAUCCAAAUCGAUAUAAAAACUACACUGACAUCUAUGACAUACCAUUCGCCAUUGAACAUUUAAAAGACAAACCUAGAAAAAUAUUUCCAAAAUCAGAAAUAUGGACACAAAGCUAUGCGGCUCUAAAAAUCCAAUCAUUUUACAGAGCCUAUUUGGUACGAAGGCAGGAUGAUGUACAAGAAAUGAGGAAAUUUUGGAAGGAAUAUAAGUGUAAAAGCUUAUACGAUAUACAUCCUAGUCGAGAAAAUACACCAAAAGGCCGAGAAUCAUCAAGACGUUUACAAUGUUUUUGUGAUAUGGCUUCAGCUGAUUGUAUAAAUAUAAGCGAAUGUCAAUUAAUUCGUAGAUCAUCAGAAUCACCAUCCGGCUCAAUAGAUACUCAACUAUUUAGUGAAACUAAAUAUUUUUAA